AUGGAUAAAAUUGGAAAAAGGCAAGCUUUGUACCAUCACAAGAAGAAACUUGACAAGUGUAUUGACCUUCCUCGACUGUGCUUUUUCAAGAAUGGCAGUUCUUCGAACCCAGCUACCGCUACCGCUGCUGCUAGUGCUAGUGCCUUCGUCGCCAAAUCGGCCUCAGCUGCCGAUGAAGCACAAUUUUAUGCAUCACUUGUUCUAGUUGCAAAGGAGGGUACUUGUGAAGAACUCGAGCGCGCUCUUGGGCUUGACCCUGCGCAAGAUAUCGUGGGAGAGACUCUGGAGGAUCUCGAUACACCGAGAACACUUCAUGGCUUAAUCCAUCGUCUUGUGGAGGAAGACUAUGCAGAUACUUCGAUACCAAGCCUGCCGCUAGCGCAUAAGCUAAAGACGCUUCGUCCGAUGCUAGUUGAACCACAACGAAGCAAGCGUCUCCUGGCCAAGCAGCAACAGGCUAGGUAUAAGGAAACCUCAGAUUCCUCUGGGAAUGAGCCUACAAGUGAGACGAAGGAAGAAUGCAGGCUGGUAGUAAUGCUACAAAUAACGGCGAAGUCUCCCGUUAACAAAUUCGUCAUUGAUGUCAUGGAGGUUACCUGCCCAGCAGAUGAUGAGACAGGCAUCACAAUUGCCAACACCAAGAGCUACCGAGUGGACGGUGAGGAUAUCUGCUCUUCUAGAGUUGAUGGUUCCGUCAGAAUUGACGGUCAUAUUGCUGUUCAUGUUGAGGUGAAGGCUGCCGACAUGACUGAGAAGGAGAAGGAGAGGUUGUUUCAGCAAGUAGGGAUUGAAUUCAUCACCCUUAUUUCUGCAACUCUCCCUCGAUUUCGAUACUAUUUCAAAGGGAAAGAUGGUAUCUACCGGUAUGUUAUUGAAUCUCUGGCGUUGAGUUGA